AUGCUUUUUCUGUUUUGUUUUGCGUGUUCAGUGUAGUUGCCGAGUGGGAAGGCUUUGUGAAGUUUUGUGCUUUUUGCGAGGAGGAGGAGGAAGGGAAGCCGGGAUACGCUCGGAAUGCGAACGGCCUCCCCGUCAGGUCUGCGCUUGCGAGAGACCGAUGGGCUGGUCUCGUGCGCCGUCAUCUCAAUUGUCUUGGAUUUCAUGUUCGCUUUGUCGGAGGUUGUCUGACAGUUUGACCUACUGUAGGUUUAGCGGUCCCGAGGUCUUGAAUUUCUCAUGCACUUUGUCUUCAUUGUCUCAUGGACUGGAGUGUCAUGUUUCAGACAUGUUGGUCUUAGUGUCUCAUGAACUUUGUCUUUAGUUUCUCAUGAACCGGAUUCUUGCAUUUUCCUCCAUUUGACCUCAUUGUCAUGUCUGUUUUCAACAUUUUUCACACUUCGUCUUCAGUCUCUCAUGGCCUUGAGCCUCAUGUUUCGUACACUUUGGUUUCAGUGUCUCAUGGACUGGAUUCUCAGUGUUUCAUACGUUUGCCCUCAUCUAACCGUAUAGAGUGCAGUCUCAUGUUUCAGAGACUUUGUCUUGUACGUCUAAUCACCUUCCUUGACUCGCACGUGAAUUUAAGUGACAUCCCAUUCCCAAUCCGGAGAGUUCGAUAUGACGUCGGUCCACCUUUUGCAGCUAUAACGGCUUCAAUUCUCGCGGGAAGGCUGUCCGCAAGGUUUAGGAGUGUGUUUAUGGGAAUAUGUGACCAUUGUUCCAGACGACAAGGCCCGGCUCUCGGUCUCCGCUCUAAUUCAUCCCAAAAGGGUUCUGUGGGGUUGAGGUCAGGACUCUGUGCAGGCCGGUCAAGUUCAUCCACUCCAGACUGUCAGCCAUGUCUUGAUGGAGCUUGCUUUGUGCACUGGUGCAAAGUCAUGUUGGAAGAGGGAGGGGCCAGCUCCAAACUGUUCCUACAAAGUUGGGCGUUGUUCAAAAGCUCCUGCUGUGCUGAAUCCUUCAGAGUUCCUUUCACUGGGAUUAAGGAGCCAACAUUUUGGACAAUUCCAUACUGCCAAAUUUGUGGGAACGGUUUUUCCAUUUCUAACGUGGCCGUGCACCGUGUGAGCGAAUACCUUUGGGAAUGUAAUGUAUCACGUGUGUUUUUUUUCUCGCCGGAGGUUUUUCAAGAAGUAACAGUGUUUGCGGUUACUUGAAACCGGAGGUCGGAUGAGAACGCUUAUCGAGCAGGAAGGAGAUGCCGCUGGGGUCCGCACUGGCCUCACUCACUCCCCCGCCGAAACCGCGGCAUGAUUCAUACACUUGUAUUAUGCAAUGAACGCAAUCCAUCUGUUUGUAAUGUCUUGAAGACCUAGUCCAAACUUAAGACCGUUAAAAAAAGUUGUCAAAUUCAAACUGCCUUCAAGAAUUAAACAAAGUAUCAAAGUGGUUUAAGCAAUGUCACACUUGAUUUGUAAGUUGUGUAACUUUUCAUUCACACUGAAGCAGCAGCAGGCCAGCUGCCAGGAACACUGCGUGUGCGUGUGUGUGUGUGUGUGUGUGUGCGGCUGUGUGCGUGCGUGUGUGUGUGUGUUUCACAGCAGGAAGUGGCUGGUGUCGUCAUGACGAAGAACUCCGAAGUUUGUGUGUGUGUGUGUGUGUGUUUUUCACAGCAGGAAGUGGCCGGUCUCGUCAUGGCCAAGAGGCCAAAAGUUCUGUGACUGGCAGGUUUGACGAGUCGCCAAAAGGUCAAGUCUCCCACCGACCAAUCAGAGGCGAGCUUGCGCACCAGUCCUCAAAUUGGCUCUACCUCCAUCAUAUUUUAAUAUUGAUGACGGACCGGGACAGCAGCUCGUCGGCCUCCCGCACGGAGGACGAGAUGGACGACGAGGAGCCCGACGAGGAGCCCGACGAGGAGCCCGGCGAGGAGCCCGGCGAGACCGAGGACGAGCCCGGCGCGGCUGCCGGCUUCGCCGACGUGUCGUCCACGCUGCGCGCCGUCAUCCGCAUCAAGCAAAAGUACCGGGCCCUGAAGAAACGGCGCCAGGAGAUGGCGCUGGUCAUGGGGGGCGUCCCGGGGGCCCCGGCCCGCGGCAGCCCGAAGAUUUUCACCUUCGACCCCGCCGCCGCGUCGGCGUCCUGCUCGCCGCAGCGGAAGAAGAGGAAGAGGAAGAGCAGGGUGCUCUACCCCAACAGGAGGUGCCGGAAAGCGCCCGGACAGGAACACAGCCCGGCCGAGUUUUGUCUCUACCUGCUCAGCGCCAUUCUCUUUGUACAGGUGUACAACGCCAUCGAGAACCUGGACGACCACGUGAUCCGCUACGACCUGGAAGGUCUGGAGAAGACGCUGCGCAGGGAGGUGUUUGGCCAGCAGGGGGCGGUGGAGGCACUCCUGUGGCACCUUAAGGAAUUCCUGUCCACCUACGUGCACAACAGGCCCCUGGUGGUGUCCCUGCACGGGCCCAGCGGGGUGGGCAAAAGCCACCUGGGGCGGCUCCUGGCGGGACACUUCCGCUCGGUGGUGGGCGAGCCCCAAGUGCUUCAGUACUUCGUGCUGCACCACUGCCCCGAGGAGGCCGACGCCCCGCGCUGCGCCGAGCGACUGGUCUCGCUGGUGUCCGAGGCGGUCGAGCUCGGCGAGCGGGAGGAGAAGAUCCCGCUUUUCGUGUUGGACGAGGCCGAGCACAUGCGCGGCGAGCUCCUCGACGCCCUGCUGGGCCUGGUGAGUUCCCCGACGGCCAACCAGUUCCUGAACGCCAUCUACGUGGUCCUCGGCGACCUGGGACACGAGCUCAUCACCAAGCACCUGCUGCGCAACGUCUCCACGGAGACCAAUCACGGCCACCUGGCGCGGGACGUGACGCCCGUGCUGCGGCGCCACCUAGAGGGCCGCCACCCGCUUUGGGCCCAGGUGAACCUCGUGCCUCUCGGCCUCCUGGAGAAAAGUCACGUGACGGAGUGUUUUUUGGACGAGAUGAGCCGAGAGGGAUUCUAUCCGGAUCGCGCCCACAUGGAGCAGCUGGCCGCAGAGAUCCAGUACUACCCCGCCGUGGGGGGAAGGGAGUAUUCUGUCAUGGGAUGCAAGCAAGUGGUGGCCAAAGUCAAUUUGCUAUGAAGGGGACAGGACAAAGCAGGACAAGAGGGUGGGAUCGGACGGGACUGAAGGGGACAGAACAGGGCUGAGCGGCACAGCACAGGGCGAGAUGGAACGGUGCCGGGAGAGGACGAGCGCACUAGCGGCGUAUUGCCGACUUUCAUUCAUCAUUGGGACUUGAAAUCAAAGUGAAGGACGACCAGGAAGUGGAUGAGCCUUUCCCGGAACGAGGCUACGACACUAUGCAACGUUAGCAGCUAGCCUCAGCAACAAAGAAAACUACAACAACAAAAAUCACUUCUGAUUUUGUAUGUUUACAUCCAAAGAAGUAACACAAUAGAAAUGAUUUGCGUGGCAUUGAAUGUUUUUGUAAAGGACCGGCUAAUCUUUCUUUUCUGUUUGACAAGCGGCACUCGCAGCCACUUAAAAGCUCUGGUGGGCCUGGUGAGUUCCCCGACGGCCAACACGUUCAAAUGUAGACAAUUGUUGAAAACAACAUAGGAGCUAUUUUACACAGAUUCAUAUUAGACUUGCCUUGGGGGAAAAACAUUUGGUCCAAGUGACCCAAAAUCGAGCAUUUUGAGGGGUAACGAGGAUGAUGACAAAUUUGUCUUGGCGAAUGUCGAUGACGAUCAAAAUGUUUGAACUUUUCAAGGAAAUGAAAUCAUUCUAAUUGGUUCGGCUUUUUCCACAAAUACUACAUAAAUGAUGAGAAUACAAAGUGAAAGACAACCUGGACGUGAAUUGAAGCUACGGCGCUAUGCUACAUCAGCAGCUAGCCGAGUCACGCUGUUUUUAAAUCACUUUCUGAUUUCUUACAUUCACAUCAAAAUACGUUACGCGAGAAAUUCUGGCAGUGGCCAGAAUUUCUCUCCAGGGAUUUGUUAUUUUUCAACAUCCUAUUUCACUCACAAACAUAAAAAUGCUUUAAAAUCAAGAAAUUGAAUCUUUCUAAUCCGUUCUGCUUUUUCCACAAGAAGAGUUGGGGAAAUAAACGACGCUACAGCAUUGCCGGCGGAUCAAAGUGUGACAUUUGGACACAUUUGUUCAAAAUGUAGGACAUUGUUGAAAGAACACAAAGAACCGCUUCCGUUUGAAAUAUAUUUAAUAAUAGAGUUGCCCUAGUUGACAUGGAAAAAUGAGGUCUAAGUGACAAUGACGACAACACCCAAAAAUAAAUUGCAGUUUGAGGGGCGACGAGGACGGUGAAAAAAGUGUUUUUGCGGAACAUAGACGACGUUCGAGUAGAUGAAAACAAUCCUGCAGAGCAGUGGUCCCCAAUCGAAAGAAUGACCAAUUUCUAUCCUUUCUGUUGCAAUGCAAUUCGCGCGUCAAUGUGUUUUAUUUUGAAAAUUGACCGGAUCUUCGCCGCCGCAACAGCUGCGCCUCUCAAUUGACACGUCGAGGCCGCACGGAACGCUUCCGUUUCCGGUCCGAGCGGGCUGCCCAACGGCGGCGGAGCUCAAAGGACAAAAUCAUUUCAUAAACUAAUUCAGUGCAUUACGUUUACCGAAAAGAUUUGCUCUUUUCAACGAAACAACACUAAAUUAGGAGUCCUACUUAAAAUACGGCUUUAUCGCAAGUUAACUCUCACGCACCAAGUCCGCUCCGAUACAGAUACUACAGUCGUAGGUUUCUGCUCGACGCAGGCAGAACUACUUUUAUGGAGUUCAAAGUCUACUCUCAUUGACGAGCUCCAGAACUGCAGUCUGGUCUGGCUGCCGACAACAACUCCGACUCCUCCAUCGCGCCCACAGUGGAUGUGCUGUGAAGGGCGAAGGAGGAAGCGAGGCAACCGUGUGUGUGUGUGUGUGUAUAUAUAUAUAUAUAUAUAUAUAUAUAUAUAUAUAUACACACAUACACACACACACACACACCUACUCUAAACCGGUCUGCGGUGUAUAGAAGGUUGGGGAACACUGCUGUGGAGAAGCAAACUAUGCAAAAUAAUAACCAGAAGAUUACACCGCAUUGUUUUCACCUAGCGGCGCCCCACUCACACGUACACUUUGUCCUAAGUCUGGUCGUCACGGCAACCCUCCACAGGAAGUGACAUAACUUAACACACUCACACACGGUCAGUCAAAGUUCUCAGUGAGGAGCAAGCAGCACCACAACACAACAACAACAAUCACCUCCGCUGUCAACAUGCUCGCGUGUGAUUGGUGGGAUGUGGGGCGUGUGGGGGAGGAGCUACGUGACGGUGGUUUUUCUUCUUCUUCUUUCCGUCUUUUUCUCGUUCUACGCCUCCAGCUCGAAGCCCAUGCCCACCUUGUGACCUCCUGCGUUGAAGUUCUUUCCGUCGAUGAGCGCCGACAGCGUGACCUUGACGCCUGCCGGGACAGACGGGCGCGUUAGCCACGAGCUACGCUAACUCACCUCAGCGGUGAGGAAAGAAGUUCAGCUGUUCUAGUAGGCUAAUGGUCUCUCUUUUUGUUUUUAACAUCACAAAAACCUGCCAUUUGAAUAGGGGUGUAUAGACUAUUCCUAUCCACUGUGUGUGCGCUUGUAUGUUUUGUGUUUUCUACGUUUUCUACAGAUAGACCGAUAUUUUGUUAAGGACAGAUACCAAUUAUUAAGUCAAGGAACCCCAAUGACCAACAUUUGGAGACAAUAUUCAUUUGCAGUAAAAGGGUAACUAUAACAACAAUAGUCAUCAUUCAUUUUAUUUAUAGGCGCUUUUCAGGACAUUCAAGGUCACUGUACAAACAGUCGCAAAAACUACAUCACGCUUCAAUAAUACAGUAAAAAUACCAUAAGACAUCAAUUAGAAUGCCAAACCAUAUGGGAAAUUUGAAAUGGAUUUAAGACUGGGUUUGUGAAACACCUAUUCAACAUGUUGAAAUGUUAUGAUUUUAUCUCACACAUUAGACAACUUUGUUUGAAAAUUCUAACAAAAAGUGCCGUGAGCGCCCAGGCUCAGCAGCAAGUUAAAUGAAAGCGUCAACAAAUGAAGAGCUCCCCAAAGGUUUUCUGCAGUAAAGCUUUCCAAACUCGCCAUCUAACUGAGAUGUUAAUCUUGCACUUACCUUUGUUUUAAGCCCAAAUAAAAACGUGCAAGGAGUUCCCAGGGUCAGUAGUAUCUCUCAGAAAGUUAAGUGAACAUUUUUUUUUUUGCAAGACGACAUUGUAUGUGACAGCACUAGUCAAAACAGGGUACUCUGAUUAAUAUCGCAUUUGUGGAAUAAGAAUUCAAUGUCAGUUUAAAAUGGAUCUCUUAUCGACUGACAAAAAAAAAAGAGAGAAAAAGGCCGUAUGCGUUUCUAAUUGAUAUUCCGAUAUGUCGAUAAUCGUUCUAUCCCAACUGUACUCACCUGGUCGGAGGCUCUGAGUGUAUCCGACUCCGAUGAGACUCGCGUUGUUGACUUUGGCCUGCGUGAUGAGGUCAGAACAACGCGGUUAGAACAACAGGAACGGGAUCCGCGUGCCUGCUCGCGCUCGUGCCUGCGGACUUACGGACACAGAAGUGUCGGCGUCCACUUUGUACUUGGCGGCGAUGCCGAAGCGAGUGUUGUUGCUGCCGGCGGUCCAGGCCAGGGUGACGGCCGUCUCCAGCGCCUCGUUGACUUUCUGGUAAAUUGAGCCGCCGAACUCCGUGCCGUCAUUGCUGAGAAGCAAAAAAUUUAAAAAUAAAUCAUCACAACAACUAUCACAGCCCUCAAUCAGGGACUGCGCCAUUGUUUUUUUUAAGCUUGUCAUAUGACAACUGCAUGUAAAACUGCACGUGUACAGUAUUUACAUCCAUGCUCGUAUUUUCUGUAUGAGGUUUUUUGCCUAAAUCCAUCUUGGACCACUUUUUACUUGACAAUAUGACAUCGUGCCGUUGCAUUGUGAUGUCACGCAAUGACGUCCCAUUGUGUUAAUUAAGCAGUGAUG